AUGGAGAAGUGGAUAGCAAGUGGAGAUGUUGAGCCGGCCUGGGAGAUUUGGAUGGACUUCUGGAAAGCCAAAGGAAGGAUUGCCCUCCGUAAGCAGUUCCAAGCAAGGCAGAAAGCCCAAGUUGCUUACUCUGGAGACUCUAACAGACGGUCAGUGACCAUUGACGGCAGGAAUAACAACCCUUCAUGUCCGGCAAACGAGAGGACCAACCAUGAAAUUGUUUACACGAAGGCCGGUGUUUCUCUGCACGACAAUCGGUUUCAUUUGUUCAAUGGACGAGAAUGGCAUUACCUGCAAUCGGCGGUAGAAAGUCCUUUCAAAAACCCACACCGAGUUAGUCGACGACUCGAAGUAAGUUUCGCAGGACAUCAUCCCUCUGACAAGGUGACGAGUCACUACCAAGGUAUGGACCAGAAGUGA